AAUGGACAUCUAAUUAGGCGUUUUGAACUGGAUGAGACAAGCCCAUCAUAAUUUCAGUACUCCCUUCUUUUUCUCAAAUCCUGUCCUUAAUAUUCAUCAUUUUUAUUCCUUUGCCUUUUUUUUUUUCUUCUGGCUCUGUGGAAACUAUAAAAACAGGAAACUUGAAUUAUUAAUAAAAUAAGUAGAAGAAAAGAAAGGAAGGAAAAAAAUAAUGGCAUCGACUCCACUUCUUUCUUCCUGCUAUUCACUCGCUACAAUUCCAACAAAUUUCCUCUGCAAAACCUCCUCUUUACCUCCAACUUUAUUCCAUCCCCACUCACUUAACCAUAGAAAGCCUGAGUUUCGACAGUACCCAAAUAGAAUUAUACGCGGGUUUGGGGAAAGGGCCGAACCACGAGGGUCGUCCAAGAAUAAUCUGCGUAUUAAUUCCCGCAGAAAAAAGUUAACUCCUAAGGCCAAUGAAUCCGGGGUCGAAGAGAAACCACCACCAUCAUCAGCAGAAGUAGAGUGUGUAGGAACUGGACUAGACGUGGAGUGUGUAGUGAACCCUUCUGACGAAUUUUCCUCCAAAGACUCUAAUGUGAAAGGAGAUGAAGGGCUGGAGUUGCUGGGAACGAUAUUGGAAUGGGGAUUGUUAAUUUCUCCUUUCUUCUUCUGGGGUACUGCUAUGGUAGCAAUGAAGGAGGUUUUGCCGAAGACUGGCCCUUUUUUCGUUUCUGCAUUUAGGUUAGUUCCAGCUGGUUUAAUGUUGGUUGGUUUUGCUGCUUCAAAGGGUAGGAAUUUCCCGUCUGGAUUUACUGCUUGGCUCUCUAUUACACUCUUUGCUCUUGUUGAUGCAACUUGUUUUCAGGGAUUUCUUGCAGAAGGACUUCAGAGGACAUCUGCUGGCUUGGGCAGUGUGAUAAUAGAUUCACAGCCUUUGACGGUGGCUGUGCUUGCAGCUUUGUUAUUUGGUGAGUCCAUAGGUUCUGUCGGAGCAGCAGGUCUUGUGCUCGGGGUGAUAGGCCUUUUACUCCUUGAGGUACCUGCUCUCUCUUUUGAUAAUAGCAACUUUUCACUCUGGGGAAGUGGAGAGUGGUGGAUGUUUCUUGCAGCACAAAGCAUGGCUGUCGGCACAGUAAUGGUCCGUUGGGUUUCUAAAUAUUCGGACCCAGUCAUGGCUACUGGAUGGCACAUGGUUAUUGGGGGACUUCCUCUGGUGGCUAUCUCAAUUCUCAAUCAUGAACCUAUCAUUAGUGGGAGUUUGAUGGAACUAACAUCUAGUGACUUGUUGGCUUUGCUGUAUACGUCAAUCUUUGGAAGUGCCAUAAGCUAUGGUGUAUACUUCUACAAUGCAACAAGAGGUAGCCUGACAAAGCUCAGCUCCCUUACCUUUUUAACUCCAAUGUUUGCAUCGAUUUUUGGGUCCCUAUAUUUGGAUGAGACCUUCACACCUGUGCAACUGGUUGGAGCAUUUGUCACAGUGGCUGCAAUUUACAUGGUUAAUUACAAAAGUGAUGCCAAAUAAUAUAGCUGGCAAUCAACUGAUCCCCCUUGUGUCUGGAUGGAGAAGAAAGCUCAGCAGCGUACUACUCUCUUUUGUAGAAGAGACAUACACUGUGUAGAAAAUAUUUCAAGAUUAUAUUAAGGCCCAACACGAGAACACGCAUCAGUUAAUACACUCUGUACAAAAUCUUUCAAGAUUAUAUUAAGGCCCACCACGAGAACACACACCAGUUAAUAUGAUGGCUGGAAUUUGCUUGGAGGUGGUUCCCCGUCCAGCCAUGUAUCAUAAAUUGUGAAGCAUGAGAUUCAAGAUGGUGUAUUAAUGACAUUAGGUGUAAAAAAAAAAUUCUUGGAUAAAAUAUCCAGGAAUGAUAGCAUUGUAAUUGGUAGAUUUGGGUAGAGAACUCUCAUGCUACCACAGCUAUAACAUAUGUAUUUGUGCAUAUUCCAAUAUCUUAGUAUCAAGUUUGAAUAAAAAUUUCUUUGAUAAAAUAUCCA